GCAGGAGGAGAUUCUCUUGCCGCAGCUUCCGCAUACGCUCGUCAAAAUCACCGAUCCUCUGCUUCAUCCCCCAGCCCCAACUCGCUACAGGAAGGCCACUUCUCCCCUGCCGGAGAAGUCCCAACUCUCCGGCGACGACCCUGGCCUGCUCCGCCCUUAGCCCCAUAGUUGAAUCGGUACCCAGCAGUCCACCUGUGCUCCCUCUGCUGAGAUUGACCCCAGCGUGCGUGAAGCCCCUUGCGAUUGGGUGAAUCGCCAAUCCCCAUCCAGGCCAUCGAAGAGAUCAAGGCUAUGAGGAAAAUUCAGGGGAGAUUAAAAGCAUUCUCAGUCCAGACCACACAAGGUGAAUGGAACUUCGAUGUCAGUACAAUCACCGGGGCAGCUGCGCAACCAUCUGCUGGUGUUGAUGCACGGACACAACCAUCAUCAGCAGCCCCUCAACCGCCUGAUGCCCGCAAUGCUAACGUGGUUAAGAUCAGUUGCAAACCACCAGCCAAGAUUGUUCAACGAUCUCUUGCCGAAUCAAGCAGUGCCAGGGAUCUUCCUCAGUGUGAUGAUGAUGAUGACUUCAUGGAACCUCUGCCGAGGCGACCUGUCACCAAGAAACAGUGCGUCAAUGCGAGUGUAGCGGACAAUGCAACUGGCAAGCAUGCGAAGAACCCUGUCAAGUAUGCUCAUGCUCCUACUGUUCGAUGCGCCCCAUCGGCAUUCAACUGGUUUGUCGACCACCUAACGUUCAACCAGCGUAUGCGAAUCAAAGAAAUGGGUUUUGGCGGGCUCCUUCAUGGCUAG